UGGUUGAACAUGGAGGACGUUGUAUUCCUGCUGCUGUGUGUGUCCUCUGCUGCUGCUCAGCUCUGUGCUCCAGAUGCUUCAAACGGCUACAAAGUGCGACUCAGCAUCCUAACGGCUCUGGGAGAUGAAGCUUACCUCUGGAACGACAGCGAGAUGUUCCUCUUCAGAGCGGCGCUGGCCUUCGCCAUGAGGACCGCAGACGGGCAGAACUACGACGUGUCGAACGUACUGGUUUGUGACGAAACUCCCCGAGUGUCCUUCUGGUUCGUGGUGACGUCUCCACUCAACCCCACCCAGCUGGUGGAGAGGAGACAGGUGGAGGAGGCAGUGAGGAAGUCGAGGAACCGCAUCAACAGCGCCUUCCUGCUGACGGAUAAGACCCUGGAGUUCCUGGGCAUCCCCCCCACCCUGGCGGCCCCCGCGCCCCCCUCGCCCCCCCCCUGGCUGAUCGUGUUCGGGGUGGUGAUGGGAGCCGUGGGUGCCGGCAUCGUGCUGGUGCUGGUGACCUCCGUCAUGCAGAAGAGACGUAAAAAGAAGGAGGAGCAGACUGGAAUUGAGGAGGUAGAAGAAGAGUCUCGGGCGGAGGAGAACGGCACUGCGAGCGACGGCGUUUACAACCUGUCCUUCUCCGACAAUGAUCGACUCACACAGAUGUGAACAUCUCUUUAGAUUGUUCCAGGGUAUCAAGCGGCUCCAUGUCGGCCUGCAGAAUCAUUUUAGAGUUUAACGGAAAUCUGAUUAUUCCUUUACUGUAAUUACUCACUGUGUGUGUGUGUGUGUGUGUGUGUGUGUGUGUGUGUGAGUGUGUGUGUGUGUGUGUGUGUGUGUGUGUGUGUGUGUGUGUGUGUGUGUGUGUGUGUGUGUGUCUGUGUCUGUGUCUGUGUGUGUGUGUGUGUGUGUGUGUUUUAAUUAGUUUUUAGAUCUGAUCAAAAGUGUUUUUUUUCAUUCAUACUUUUUUCAGAAAAUUGCAAGUUCAGAAAUAAAUAAUCUUUUGUUCAGAUCUAAAAAGAAAUGUCCACCUAUUGCCAAUCGACUUCGGGAAAAACAUGUUUUGACAGCUGGGAUUCAUGGAGAAAUCUUUCAUGUCAUCAAUCCACUGGGAGAUAAUCACGUACUUUCUGAUUCAUCAUUAAACUGGAAAUGUCUUAAAUGAA